CACAGUCGGAGGGUUUAUAUUCCUGCUCAGACUCCAGCCUCGGUCAGAUCCAGCUCUGCCUGCAGUGCAGACUCCACUUAGACUGCUCAGAUAUUCAGAAUCAGGAGCUGCAGAGUUAAAGGCUUCAGGAUCUGCUGAAGAGGACGUCAGUGCAACAGCUGGAGCCAGUCCGAUGGCUCCUUCCAGAAGCUUGUUUCUGCUGCAGCUCCUCGGCUGCAUCAGCGCCGGCCUGGCCUGUUUCUGUGAACGAUACCAGUGGAGCUCCUGGUCCAGCUGCUCCAGAACCUGCAACCACGGCACCCAGCAGAGGCAAAGGCAGUUUAGGUUCGACGAUUAUUACUGGAAGAGCAGCUGCCACCAGCUAUGUGACAGGGUGGACACUAGGGCCUGCAACGAUCAGGCCUGUCCCAUCAACUGCCUGCUGACUGAGUUCGGUUCGUGGUCCGAGUGUUCGCCGUGCGCCAAGAAACAGCUUCGGACCCGGUCCGUCCUGAGACCCUCCCAGUUCGGCGGCUCGGACUGCAGCCCGGAGCUGACGGAGGAGAGGCCUUGUUUCCCCUCCACAGAGUGCAGGUUGGCGGCCGUCGAGUGCAGAGACGACUUCAAGUGUGACAACGGUCGCUGCAUCAACUCGACUCUGACGUGCAACAAGCAGAACGACUGUGGAGAUAAUUCUGACGAGAAAGACUGCGGCAACGUACAACCCGUGUGUCCAGUUGAGAAAGCGGUGGCUCCCGGAGCCGACCUGGUGGGAAACGGGUUCGACGCUCUGGCAGACGAACCGAGGGGAGCCGUGCUGGACAACAUGUUUAUGGGAGGAAGCUGCAUUAUUAGGAGGCCUAAGACCACCUUGCUGUACCAUCGGGUUCCCUACAACUUUGAGAACUUUGAGAUCAAGGUCGGACAAGUAGAGGACUUCAGCAUCGAGCCACAGCAGCUACACACCGAGCCCAUCGAUUUCCAGGCGUCCAGUUCAUCACCUGACAGCCACACGGCAUAUGACAGCAGCUUCCUAGUCCCCAUCUUCUACUUCAAUAGGAGGAGUGGGUCACGGGUCAGCUCUCACAAGGAGGCUUUUGAAGCUUCAAAGAAAAAGGUGAGUGAUGCGAACGUCAGCAUGGACACAC